AAAGAUCAAAAAUCGGCGGAUGCACAACUGGUGGACACCUACCACUUUCCCAAAGAGACAGAGAAAGCGAAGAUAAGCUCGAAGGUCAGGGACGGAGCCAUUUUUAGGACUUCACUUUCGUAAUUUCAAGACGGUAAUUAAGAGCCCCCCGACACUCCCAAGGAGAAGCAUCUAUUCUCUAUCUCAUGGUUGCACUCACUCGCGCCCUCAUUCGCUUCACUCUCUAGUCUGUGACGGAAUCAUCGUCGGCGAGACGCAGAGGGAUGGCAAUCUCCGAUGCGGUGGUUGCGAACUUGACGACGAUCUACUUGGUGGCCAUAGCGGCGAUCAAGGCCUACGGACUGGCCACAGGCCGGAGCUUCAGCGGAGGGUUUGUUCUGGUGACGUCCACCGCCGCGGUGGUUCUCAUCUUGAUUGGGACGCUGGCGUGGGACGUGUCUCGGAAGGCCACGUAUGCGCUGUCACGCGAUCACGUGCACGAGAUGUGCCGCGGCGGCAUCUGUUGGCACGGCGUCGCUGUCAAAUCGUCGGCUUCUCAGGUCCGCUUUCGACUUCCACAGCAACCUCCCAACCUACGCCCGUAAAAUGAUAUCAAAAUAUUGAAUCCUACACCCAACUGCUAAGGUUAAUUUUCCAGACCCUGUAAUAUACGCAAUCUCGCUUCCUCUCCUCCUCUCCGUCUCUUUUUCCCUGUGAAAUUUUUGCCCUUUUUGAUCCGGAGAACUGAAAUCAUACUGUGUAUAAAUAAUACACCGAAACUGUGUGUUCUACUCCCUUUGUGCAGAAAUUGAGUGAGUUUUUACCAUUA